AUGGGCGAAGAAAUACAAGCGGACGACGGAAAAGUGACUUUAAAACGAAAAAUAACUCUUUUCAACGGUGUCGGAAUUAUUAUCGGCACUAUAAUAGGAUCAGGAAUUUUUAUAUCACCUACUGGAGUUUAUCUUUACACUGGAUCGGUAGCAGCUUCACUAUUAAUAUGGCUUAUAUGCGGGCUCUUAUCAACGUUAGGCGCCCUUUGCUAUGCCGAGCUGGGGACUUCCAUAGCGAGAUCUGGCGGUGAUUAUGCGUACAUCUACACGGCCUUCGGGCCUUUACCUGCAUUUCUCAGAAUGUGGAUUGCGCUGCUUAUAAUUAGACCUACGACGCAAGCUAUAGUCGCUCUAACGUUCGGACAUUACGUGGUGAAACCUUUCUUCCCUGAAUGCGAACCACCACAGAACGCUGUCAAACUUUUGGCGGCUGUUUGUUUGUGUAUAUUAACAGCAAUCAACUGCAUUAGCGUACGAUGGACUAUGCGGAUUCAAGAUGUCUUCACGACCUCUAAAUUACUAGCAUUAAUUGUCAUCAUAAUAUCAGGCCUAUAUUACAUUGGAAUUGGUCACUCUGAAAACUUCGAGAAUGCACUCGAAGGAGAGUACGGCGCUGGGCAAAUUGCGUUGGCUUUUUAUUCCGGGCUGUUUGCUUUCGGCGGUUGGAAUUAUUUGAACUUCGUCACAGAAGAGCUCCAGGAUCCAUACAAGAAUUUACCUCGCGCGAUUUGGAUCGCUAUGCCGAUGGUGACUAUUAUCUACGUGAUGGCGAACUUGGCCUACUUUGCUGUUGUCUCGAAGAUGGAAAUGAUGUCAAAUCCCGCCGUUGCUGUGAUUUUCGGUGAUCGCUUAUUUGGAAGUUGGAGCUGGCUGAUACCAAUUUUCGUGGCCUUGUCUACUUUUGGAGGUGUUAAUGGAGUGUUGUUCACCUCAGCGAGGCUCUUUGCGACCGGCGCCCAAGAAGGACACAUGCCUGCUUUCUUCUCACUAUUUCACAUUGACAAACAGACACCGAUACCUUCGCUUAUAUUUACUUGCUUCUUCUCUCUUCUCAUGCUGACUACGAGCAACGUAUUCGACCUCAUUAACUACUACUCACAAACUCUAUGGUUAUCUGUGGGAGCGUCUGUGGUUGGCAUGCUGUGGUUGCGACGGACUAGACCAGACUUACCUCGUCCGAUAAAGGUCAAUCUCGCCAUUCCUGCUCUUUUCCUCAUCGCUAUAGCGUGCCUCGUUCUUAUUCCAGUCUAUACCAGCCCUAAAGACACUGCCAUAGGCUUAGGAAUUCUUCUGUCGGGCAUCCCGGUUUAUUAUCUGUGUGUAAAAUGGCAGAGUAAACCCCACACCUACCAUAGAGCAUCUGGUUGUGUAUUAAGGUUCCUACAGAAGCUGUGCUCCUGCAUUUACGUAGACUCGUUAGAGAAAUUAUCGAAUGAAAAAUAA